AAAAAUUAUGUAAAAUGAGUACGUACUGUUUGAAAUUCAUCAUAAUAAACUCCCUCUUCUUGGAACCACUCCUCCAUUUUUUCGCGAAAGUCGGACAGAGAUUCGACGGGUUAUGAAGGUAAACCAAAGAAAUGUUUUCUGAUGGCAGAUCGGACUUAGACGCAACCAACAUAUCACUAUUUCCUAGGCUUUUAGGGAAGGGGGGGGGGUGAUAGAGAGAUAAUUUUAGAGAGAGAGUGAGAGAGAAGAAUGGGUUGUCAUGUGAAUAAAUGGAGAGGAGAGGGGGUUUUAUAGCACUCGGACCGCACCCUCCAAGGGCGGUUUUGUAAUUUCCCCCAACCUAAAACCGCACCUCAAGCGCGCGGUUCACGUAACCUGAGGAGGAAAUAGUUCCCCCUAGCACGUGGUUCUCGAUCCCUGGCGCGGAUAGAAGCGAUGGCGGGCGGUCGACCGUUCGAUCGCCGCCUGAUCCAACGGUCAUGGGGACCGCCUCUUCCCCGCGUGGUUCGUGGCCUCGUGGGCUGCCGUAGCGAGAACCGCAUUGUCCCCAAGUGGUUUCCUUGUAAACCGCACCUCUGAGGCUGUUUUUUAAAAUGGUGAUAUUUCUGAAAAAAUUCCAAGAGAGGCCGUUAAAACAGGGGGAAGUUUUGCAUCGGAGAAUAAAACCCUAACGUGAAUCACCCUAUAAAUCGGUCCACUAAUCCUAAUUCUCACGUAUGAUUUGAAUUAAAAUUAAUCAGUUUAAUUAAAGUAUCCUUAUUAACCUUAACUAACCAAUAACUAAUAAUAAUUGCUAACUAAUUGGUAACUACCAUAGAUUAAUCUAACGAUCUAAAUUCACUUAAGAAACUUCUUAAAUAUUGAGACUUAAGGAUAUGAACCCAUCACUGAUUUACUCCAUUACUGUAUCGUCCUGAAGAAAAUAGCAUUAAAAGAGCAUGAUUUUUUACAAUGAACUACGUGAAGAAAAUAAUUCGGAAUAGGAUGAAUGAUGAAAUCACGAAUUAUUUUUUGAUUGGUGACAUUGAAAGUGAAAUUCUUGAUAGUUUGAAUGAUGAAUGUACUAUGAUUUUGAAUGUCCAAUACAUAAUUGAUAGUUAACUAUUCGAGUUACAAUAUAAAUAAAAAGAAAAAUUAAAAAUAUUUCAUAUCUUUUUCCGACCUUCACCUUCCAAACCUAUCCACCCGCCCAAUAAUACCAUCCCAAUUUCUAGGUUUUGCCACUACCCCAAUCAUCCGCUUAAUCAUUUGACUAAACCAAAUUGGUAUAGCCGUGGAAUACUCCACCAAUCCUUUUAUAUUUCUUUUGAGGGAAACCUAAACCAAAUUCCGUUAUAAUCUGAACGUCCAAAGAUGUUGAGUAACAAAUAAGCAGCGGCAUAAUUAACUAGACAACCCGAUAAAGCCACAUGAUGGUGAUUAUAUUUAUUUAGCGUACAGCUAGCUAACGAGGCCAAACAAAGAGCCGACCACUUUCCCCCGCCGGCUCGCCCCAACACUAAAUUAAAAUCCAAAUUUUGUCUCAUCUCACAAGAUUCUCCAAUUCCAUAAUUUCAUACCUCUCAAUCUCUCUCCAAUUAUACCCCAACUCAACUCUCAACUUCACAACAAAAAGCAACAUCGUCAGUCAAUCCUAUUCCUAUGGACACAUCGCCAUCCCCUCCUCCUCCGUCCACAAGAAGAAGAAGAAUGAAGAAGAGCAACCAGUUCAAGACCCACCGCCUCUCUCCGAUUUCCCUCCUCCACCGUUUCCGGGAAGCCGUCUUCCGCCUCAUCAUGAUCUCCGCCCUCUCCAAGCCCACCAGGCCCAGGACCGCUUCGCCUUCGCCAGAUCAUACCGCGAGGAGGGCUACUUACCACCACCGCCAUCUGGCUGAUCCUUACAACAGCGAAGCACUCGCCGACUGCAUCGAGUUCAUCAAGAAGACAUCCGUAACGGUACACGGCGACACUUCCGCCGCCGCCGCCAUUGCCAGCUCCAAUACCACGGUGAUGCCUGUCCCGGUCAUGUGAUAUUACUCAAUUUCCUUCCGACAUAUAUAGUUUGCCCUUAAUUAGUUUAAUUUUGCAUCAAAUUUUUGCUUAAUUUCCUUGAUUUACGCUUGUGUGUGUCUGUUAAUGAACGACGACUAGUAAGAAUUGACGUGUUCCCGUUGCCUUCUGUUUUCAAUUGCAGUCUUUCUUUUUUCCUUUUUUUUCCGGGUUAAUUCGCAAAAACAAUUCUCCAUCUAACCAUUAAGAAAGUUGAUUAACAUUUAUAAUAAGUUCCUCGCAAAUUAUUAAGACUAUUACUUUGGACGCUUCCUACUUUUUUCAUUUGGAUCCGGGUUAUUUGUGGGUAGAUCAAUGUUAAACUACCGAUUAACCAUCCAUAUGCCCAACACUAAUUGUGUAUACAAGGAACUACUGUAAUUUGUUAAACCUACUGUGUAUGAAAAGUUGGAUACAAAUUUGGUGAAAUGGCUAAUGAAUUGCUGAGUCAAAAAAUUUGGUGACGUGGCUAAAAUUCUAUUAUUUCAUUACACCACAUAAGUAUUUAUUGUUUUUUUUUACAAAAUCACAAAUUGAAAAAAUUGGUAAAUGCCACAUUUGGUCACUGGAAUUACUAAAUAGUGUCAUGUUUAGUUACUAGAAAAAAUUAUUAUCAAAUUUAAUCACUCGAACUACUAAAACAAGUCAUAUUUAGUCACUCUCCGUUAGUCUCCGUCCAACUCCACUAAUGGAGUCCGUUAUGUGCUGACAAGGCAAACGGGAGAGCCUAAUCAGCGCCAUUUUGGGCCGAAAAUGGUCAAACCAUACCCGUCAUAUCAUACAUCCAACCCAACCCUACCUAGAACCAAACCCGAGAUUUCUCCCUCGUUGUCUUCUACUACUUCUUCCAUGACGACUCUGCCGCAACUCUAGCGAUUUGCACGAGGCCGGUGUUGAUGGAAGUCGUGGCAGCUAUUUACGAAGGGUAGAGCCACUUGGCAGCGGGAAUCCUGUCUCGAGGCUGGUGUUUUAGUAAUUUGAGUGAUCAAAUUUGAUAUUGAUUUUUCUAGUGACUAAACAUUACACGAUUUACUGAUUCCAUUGACCAAAUGUGGCAUUAACCCUUGGAAAAAUUAAGGGUAAAUACAAUUUGUUAGACAGAUAUUUCAUUUUAAACAAAAUAUUAGCCAAACCUUUUUAAAAAUAAUUUAUUAGUCAAACCGUCAACAUUCUAUCCGGUCAACCAUGAGUUGUCUCCAUUGCCAUCGUCGUUGUCUGCCUUCUUCUUGGCCAUCUCCGAUUACGCUUCCUCUCUCGCGCCGCCCACCUCCAUGCCUCAUCAAUGUUACUGUCUUAGCACCGUAUGCAGAGACAUUUUGAGUAGGGAGGGGGGGGGGGGAGAGAGGAGAAGGUUUGUGUAGAAAGAGGGGAAAGUGGAGAGACGGCCGUGAGUGGGAGGGAUAGUGGUAGGUCAGUUUAUAUCAAGGUUCAAGAAAGCACUAGGCGUAAAGUGAGCGUUGAGACUUUGCCUAGCGCCUUGUAUGCUUAGGGAAUGCCUAACUGUGCAUAAACGUUAGAAGUAAACGUAGCAAAAAUAUCUCACACUUGUCUAGAAUUACAAGUUUAUGAACCCAUAUUAUUACGCAUCUAUCUCUCAUUUCUAAACCUUCAGCAACAACACAUGAAAUAAAUAAUAAAUGUGUAAAGACAAAAAUGACCUUCCUACUUUCACUCUCUUUGCAGGAAAUUUGAAAUGGAGAAAAGUACACAAAACUCUACCAUAUAUUAAUGGAGGAUGAAAGAGAAAUAAGGAGGGAAACUUUUGACUUUUCAACUUUUUGUAGAAGGAAAGAAGAGGGUAAUUUGGUUCUUUCAAUUUUAUGGAAGAGAAAGAUGAGGGAAAAUUGAGUUUUUCUAAUGUAUGGAAGGAGAAAGAAGGAGUGAAAUUUUAGUAUUUUUGUGAAAAUAAAGAAGGAAACAAAUUUGGUGUUUUCAAUUUUUUGGUUUUUCAUAAUUUUAACUUUUGAAAUAUGAAUCUUUAACUUUUAUAUGGAGGGCAUGACUAGUUAAAAUUAUUCUUAUAUGCUUUGAAUGCUAAUAUGUAUAUAUGUAUGUAAUUUUUUAUGGUUUAAUAAAUAAAUUAACCAUUAGUUACAACAAUUUAUGCUAAACUUGAUAAGUAAUCUUUGACGGUUCGUUGUUUAGGAUAUAAAGUAUAUGGUUGGGGUAUAAGGUAUAAGGUACAUAUGGUUUAGGGUGUAUAUGGUUAGAGUAUAAGAUAUUGAUGGUUUUGACGGUUCUAAGUUUUUUAUUAACAUAUGUUCACUUGAAGUCAUUUGAAGUCUUUAACGGCAUGAGAUCCCUUUUUAAUUUAUGUUUAUGGUACGUGGUUAGGGUACAAGGUAUGUGGUGUAAAGUAUAGGAUAUAUGGUUAGGGUAUAAGUAGAGGUGGCAAAUGGAUUGGAUUGGUGGAUUGGAUUGGUGGAUCCAUGGAUCAAAUGGAUUGGAUCUAAUGGAUUGGUGGAUUCAUGGAUUGGAUCAAGUGGAUUGGUGGAUUAUCCAUGAAUCCAAAUGACAUCCUCAACCAAGGACCAAUAUGUAAAAUGUAAAAAGUUUAGGUACUAAAUGUCCUAAUGAAAAAUUUUAGGUACCAAAAUGUAAUUUUCCAAUGAUUUUUCAUAUAAAAAAUUAAAUGUUAGGUACCAAAAUGUAAAAAAUAAAAAUUAGAGGUACUAAACCGUAAUUUGCCAAUGAUCCAUGGAUCCAAUCCAUGAAUCCACCAAUCCAAUUGGAUUUGGAUAAAAUGGAUUGGAUUUAAAUGGAUUGGAUUAGGUGGAUAUUUUUAAUGGAUUGAUGGAUUGGAUUGGUGGAUUGGAUUGAAAUUGCAACCUCUAAGUAUAACAAUUAGCAAAUAUCACUUUUUAUCUAUGUUUUGAAAAUCAAAGUAUGAAUUUCACUUUUAAAUUAACUAUACUAGCAAAAUCACAACUCAAUGACAUAUGGUUAGGGUAUAGGUUAUGUGGUUAGUGUAUAAUGUAUUGAUGGUUUAGGAUAUACAAUCAACAACAUAUACUAACUUAAUAUUGUUGAUUGAGGGUAAAGCUAAGUGUAUAGGAUAUAUGCUAUUGAGUAAGUUAUGAUUGAAGUCACAAUAAUUUUACUAAAUUUGAUAGCUAAUC